AUGGUAAAGUAUAACUCUCACAUUAAGCCUAAGCUUACUGACGCUAACAAAACCGCCCGAGUCAAAUGGGCAAUGGACUUUAUCCGACCAACCGAGCAACUGUUUGACGACAUAUGGGACAAUGUCAAGGAAGAAUGGUUUGAUGGAAAGAUUGCACGUGGCACUUCACCCACGUCGUCCCUGCUGCCCGUGCGUCUCGCCCCGCCGGCACGUUGGAACUGCAACCAUCAACGUCACGCGACCGAUCUACAAGCAAAUGCUGUUGGACAACGUGAUCUCCGCCAUCAAAGCAAAAUGGCCGACUGA